AUGAGUGCUGUCAGGGUUAAUGGUAAAAUGUCUGAUUGGUUCUCUGUCAAUUCAGGCACUGGACAGGGCCCUCCUGUAUUUAAUUUUUGUCUGAACUUUGGUAUCUUUUUGGCUGAGGUUCACAAGGCAAUCAGUCAUGGUGCUGUACUGCAAAAGGAACUGAAGGGGGCAGAUGAAAAAGUUAUCAUGGAUAGUGACUACGCUGAUGAUCUGGCAGUGAUGGACAAUACUGAAGAAGGGCUGCAGGAGUCCACUGAUCUUAUCGCUUAUUACACCUCUUAUGCUGGGUUAAAGAUCAACGCUAAAAAGACACAAUGCAUGGCGAUCAGCAAGUGUGCAUCCCAGCGACCUUACACCGAAAGAGACAGUAUAAAGCUAACAGUGGAGGGAGAACCUGUUGAACAGGUCACUAACUUUGUUUAUCUUGAUGCCAACGUCAGUGGGGAUGGUACCAUUGACCGAGAUCUUGACAUCAGGAUUCAGCGUGCUAAUGGUGCGUUCCAUCAGCUUUGGAAGAUAUGGAACAGUAGAACUAGAGAAGUUCUCAGAACUGAAGAAGUUCUCAGGCGUGCUGGAAUUAAGUCUAUUGAAGCUUUCAUCGGUUCGGUUAGACUAAGGUGGUACGGACACGUUGUCAGAAUGCCAGAGACACGAUUUCCCAAUUUUCUACUGGAUUGGAAACCAAACUAUGGAAAGAGACUGAGAGGACGACCCCGCAAAGGCUGGAUGGCCUGUGUACUUGAGGAUGCGGCUGACUUUACAGGUGUCGAUAACAUCAGCAGAGAUGCAGUAAAACAAUUAGCUCUAGCUCUAAAACGAGUGGAAUGGAGGCACAUGAUACACCGUAGAAGAGAUGUGUGUGAUGCAGGCCACUCCAACGACUAG